AUGGCUAAAAUCUGCACGGAACAAUCAUACCCCUCACAAAGAUCCGCCUUCACUCCUGAACCAGCUAUUGAAUGGAUCGAGAGAGGAGAAAGUGACCAGCCUCCCCGUGGGCUAAUGGGCAGGAUGUCCCAUUUCAUCCCGAGGUUUGGAGGAAGAUCCACCAAAUGUAAAGCUUCAGAACGCAGUGUUUCAGAUAUGAUAACAGAGGACUCUGAAGACAUGGCAGAGCAAAUGGAUGCAUCAUGCGACGACAGAGGACAGGACCAACUGCGCAAGAGGAAUUUCAACAACAAUGCAAAUCAUUGGCCUCUUGCAACACUGAAUAUGAACAACUGCAACAAUACAGAUGACAAAAAGGAUGACAGGGAGAUAAAGAAAGAUGAUAAGAAAGAAGAACCAAAAAAGGAUGAGAAGGAUGAAAAGAAAGAGGAGAAAAAAGAGGAGAAGAAAGAGGAGAAAAAGGAAGAAAAAAAGGAUGAAAAAAAAGAUGAAAAGAAAGAUGACAAAAAAGAUGACAAAAAGAAGGAAGAGGAGAAACCAAAACAUGUUUGGAUUAUGGAUCCAGCGACUGAUAUGUACUAUCGCUGGCUGACCAUUGUAGCAAUACCUGUCUUCUACAACCUGAUGAUGCUUGUUACCAGAGCCUGUUUUAAUGAACUGCAAGAUGAUUACACCAUGUUAUGGAUAGUUUUGGACUAUUCAUCUGACGCCAUCUACUAUACGGACACAUUUGUGAGAUCAAGAACAGGUUUCUUGGAGCAAGGCUUGCUAGUGAGAGAAUCUAAGAAGCUGUGGGAACACUACAAAAAGUCACCGCAAUUCAGAUUCGAUGUGUUCUCCAUGAUACCAACAGACAUAUUAAUGCUGAAAGUAGGCUACAACAAUCCUGAACUGAGAUUCAACCGGCUUUUCAAAAUGGCUCGUCUUUUUGAGUUCUUUGACCGCACUGAAACCAGAACCAACUUUCCCAACAUCUUCCGAAUCAGCAAUCUCGUCUUGUACAUCCUUAUCAUCAUCCACUGGAAUGGCUGCAUCUUUUUUGCCAUCUCAAAAACAAUCGGUUUUGGCUCGGACACAUGGGUUUACCCCAACAUCAGCGACCCUGAGUUUGGCCGCCUUGCCAGAAAGUACAUCUACUGCUUGUACUGGUCCACUCUCACACUCACCACCAUCGGGGAAACACCACCGCCAGUCCGAGAUGUUGAGUAUUUAUUUGUAGUUUCUGAUUUCCUUAUCGGCGUGCUCAUUUUCGCCACCAUUGUUGGUAACGUUGGUGCCAUGAUUUCCAACAUGAAUGCGUCCCGCGCAGAGUUCCAGGCCAAGAUCGACUCCAUCAAACAGUACAUGCAGUUCCGAAAAGUCACCAAAGAUCUGGAGGCCCGUGUUGUGAAGUGGUUUGACUACCUUUGGACUGAACAGAAGACCUGCGACGAAAAAGAAGUGCUCAAAAACCUCCCAGAUAAGCUCAAGGCAGAGAUCGCUAUCAACGUGCAUCUAGAAACCCUUCGGAAGGUGCGUAUCUUCCAGGACUGUGAAGCGGGUCUUCUUGUUGAGCUCGUCCUUAAACUUCAACCACAGGUUUUCAGUCCAGGCGACUACAUUUGCAAGAAGGGAGACAUUGGGCGAGAGAUGUACAUCAUCAAAGAAGGCAAACUAGCUGUGGUGGCGGACGAUGGCGUCACGCAGUUUGUGGUGCUGGGCGAUGGUGCUUACUUUGGUGAGAUCAGCAUCCUCGGCAUUAAAGGAAGUAAAGCCGGUAACCGCAGGACUGCUAACAUACGUAGCGUGGGAUACUCUGAUCUGUUCGCGCUCUCAAAAGAUGACCUAAUGGAGGCGUUAACCGAGUACCCAGAAGCCAAAAAGGCACUAGAGGAGAAAGGUAGGGCUAUUCUGAUGAAAGACAAUCUCAUUGACGAGGCUGCGGCCAAUGCUGGUGCAGAUGCGAAGGAUCUGGAGCAAAAGGUUGUUGUCCUGGAGACCAAUCUUGAUGUGAUGCAAACCAAAUUUGCUCGCCUUAUGGCAGAUUGGACAUCCAGCCAGAGCAAGAUCAAACAGAGGAUCGCCAACAUGGAGGCCAGAGUGAAGACUCUUAGGCAGGAGGAUUUGUCCGAGGUCGUGGAGGAUAAGAAGGACAAAUAG